UCGAUUUUCAGUUGCGAAAUAUUUUCUUUCCCAAAUGCAGUCAGAAUAUGCAGACGAUAUACAUCUGGAGGCCCUUGAGGUGAUUCUAAAUCACAUUCUGUACGUGCGCGGCAUAUAUCCGGCACAAAUCUUCAAGAAGCGACGCAUUUACAACACCCCGAUCUUCGUAUCGAUCUAUCCCCCGCUAAAUACAUACCUUGCCGGCGUUCUGCGAUCUGCCCGGGAGCUACUUUGCCGGCGAGAGCUAAAGUGCUUUGAGAUCCUUCUGUAUCACAGCGAGAACACGCCAAUUGAAAGUUAUAUGCUACAGAUAGAACAAUUGGAGCCUGAGGCAGCGAGGCAGCCAGCGCAGGAUCCGCACCUGAUCGAGUACGAGCAACAGCUGCGCGCCGCCCUGUACAAGCUUUCCGAACGCCUCAAGCCGUUGCCAAGGCUGCCUGGCAACUGCCAGUUCAAGGUGCAUCUGCACACCACACAGACGGCCUUUGUCGAAUUUAGCCAGGAGGCCCAGUACCAGGAGUUUCCCUGGCUGCAGGCCGAGACUCCUCAGCAAAUGGAAGCGCGAUCGGGCACGGUCUCCCUGCUGCCGCUGGUCGCAGUCGACAACGUGGGAUUGAAAAUGCAGGCGCGCAUCUUUGAUUGAGAUGAGUGUUAUUUCCAAUUGAUAAUUGUGUAUUAAAUCAAAGUGUUACAUUGAA